AUGCACCCACCACUCUUCCUUCUCGGUCGCGAGUACUACUUUGGCCCUUUGUAUUUGCGCAACAAGAAGCCAAGGCCACUCCAGGACAGUGAGCGAGUGCGGCUCGAAGAGUUCGUCGACUCGAUCGGCUACUCCGCAAGAUACAACGACACCGAGAAUGAGUACCGACAUGUCCAACUUCCAAAGGCUAUGCUGAAAGCAAUUCCUCGCGACUACUUUGACCCCUCCAAAGGCACCCUGAAAUUGCUCUGGGAAGAGGAAUGGAGAGCUCUGGGCAUCACACAGAGUUUGGGCUGGGAACAUUACGAAGUCCAUGAGCCGGAGCCACAUAUCCUGCUCUUCAAACGUCCGCUCGGCUAUCAGCCACCGCAGCAAUAG